UCCCCCGGGACCACAGAUGCGGCCGAGGAUCGGCUCCUCCCCGGCUGCGCGCCGCGGGCACGUGCCCGGAAAAACAGAGCCGCGUCCCGCGAGCGGAGGGCAGCAGGUGGGCUCCGCUCGCUGCACUGCGCCGUCCGAACCCCGCCGGCUUCCCGGCGCGACAAGCGAAGCGCCUCGGGCGGCCGGCGAUGGGCUCCCGGCUGAGCCGGCAGAGCGGCGCGGAGGCGACGGGCGUUCUCCGCCGCUCCAAGGGGUCCCUCCGCGGCAGGAGCCGCCCAGAGGAGCCGCCGCGCCGCCUCGGCCCGGACUGCCGGCUGGCUUCGCUGCUGCGGGGCUCGGAGAAGCGGUCAGCGGGGCUGCGCAAGAACCGGGCGGCGGCGCCCUACGUGCGGCGGGUGCGCUGGCUGCGCGAGAUCCAGGCCGCCCUCCGCGAGCACCAGCACGAGCGGGCCAUGCAGCUUCUGCGGCUGCUGCGGAAGGACCUUGGCCUGGAGGGGAUGUUCCUCAAUGACGUUCUCUACAAGAAGGCCACCUUCCUCAACCUGGUGGACCCCAUCUCCCACGACCUCCUGAUGAGCCUGGCCAGAGACCUGCAGUGCCCCAAAAAGGAAUACGAUCCGUGGAAAUCCUCCGACCGAAUCUGCCGGCAACUGAUCUACCACUUGAGUCCACAUUCUAAAUGGCAUCAAUCUGGGCUGCCCCAUCGCAAAUCCCACAGCAGUCUGAAGAGUAGCCUGCAGAAGAAGCUCAGCCAAGAAGCCAUCCAUCUCUCCGGGGUCCCUCUCUCCACACGUGACAUCCAGCAUCUGGCCAGCUACUUGCAGGACAGUGGGGACCACCUUCUCACCGUCGACCUGAGUUUCACUGAUCUGAAGGAUGAGGAGAUGCGCUUCCUGAUGCCUUUCCUGCGGUCACUGCCCAGCCUCACCCACCUCUCCCUUAACGGGAACCACUUGACCCGAGCAACUGUGAAGGACCUCACCGACGCCAUGAAGGACAUGGCCAAGUUCCCCUCUUUAGCCUGGAUUGAUCUGGGCAACAACGUGGACGUCUCCUCCAUGCCGCAGCCUCUGCUCGUUGGCCUACGGAAGCGGCUCAGCCAGCAGACCACGCUGCCCACCAUUUACGAAUCCUUGGACUGCACUUCUGAGGCAUCCAGUGGACCUGAGACCAGCCUGCUGGAGGAGGAGGAGGAGGAGGAGGAGGAAGAUUUGCAAGGGCAAGAGGGGAUCCCACCAGUGGCCAAGCACUGCUUCCACCAGCAGUCGUGUGAAAGGUGACUAGACGUGGAGGUGUCCUCUGGAAGACUGAAACCAUGGCUGAGGAAGCUCUGAUGGAAGAGAUGCUGCACCAGGCCUCACCUGCCUACUUCCUUGAGCCCUUCCUAACCUUUCCGACUUGCUCCCCUUGCCCCGUCCUCUUCCUCCUAGUCGGGCUUUCUCACAUGCACCAAAUCAGGCUGGUCACUUACCAUGAUGCUGCAAAAGUAGACCAUCUGGAGAUGCAGGUGGGCUCCUGUUGUGGGGAGGCGUUUGGAGCAAGCCAGCCCUGGGACCAUCCUUUCCCAGCUGUGCUGGGUCCACAGGCCCAGAGAGCCGUGUGAGAACAGCAUGGAAAGACUGAAUGGGGGCCGAGACGGCACCGGGAUGGCACGGCUCGCCUCCUCCCCCUCCUCCCCUCUGAACAAAGGGUGGCGGAAUGCGAGGCAUGCCGGUGUCUGCAGCCCAGACAUGUGACCGAUGGCACUGCAAGAACUCGAGGGCAGCUGGACAUGGGUUGCGCAGGUGUUUGUCUGGGGGGCCUGUUUGGAGCACCCCCUUCCCCCCUAGUGUUUCUGCUCUUCGUGGACAUCUGCAUUCAAACGCCUCUGUGCUUUCUGCUCUCCAUCAGGCUGGGAUGGUAACUCUGCCUUAUGCCCAGGAGGAAACAGUAACCUGGGCAAGAGCCCAGUUCAGCAGAAAUACCUGGUGGUGUGUGAUUUGCGAUAGUAAAUGACUUUCCUGGAGAGAGGAUGAAAACAUUGCUCAGUGCUUUGUGGGGCAAUUAUAUGGCAGAGUUGCAGAAGCCUUGUGCACUCUAGAAACUCCUGUUGAGAUGUUCCCAACCUGUUUCUUCAUAAUGGGGGUUCCCUUCUUUUUCUGCUAUUUCUCUCAAAAGGAAGAAUGUGCGCAUUUUCAACCGUGCCUUGGUGCCAGGGGAGCUGGAGUGCUUUUCUCAUCCAUCCAGUACAAGGAGGCUUGGAUUUAACAUCCCUUGCAACGUUCCUUCAUGGAGAAAGGAGAAAUUGGCUCUCCUCCAUUUAAUAGUAGAAAAAAAUCAAUUUGGGGCAUACAAAAUAGUGAUGACAUCUAAGCCACAGUGGAACAGCCAGUUGGACACAAGUGGGUUUGCAGAAUGCAUCACUCAACUAGGGUUUAACAUCUGUGGCUCAGACUAUGAGAGAAAACGGGACACGCCAAAGAAUCUUACAGGGCAACAAGAACUCCCAGAGAACCUGAGCCAGGCGGUGAUGAUUCGAAGCACCCAGCCUGGUCCUGGGUGGUUUCGUUUCGAAGUGUGGCCAUUUAUGCACACCUUUGGGGUUCUUUCCACACAAGCCCCCUUUUGGAACCCAGAUCCUGUAGAUAAAAAACUUUUAAAGAUGCAAAUAAAUUCUGCCCACUCACCACCCCGAAAAUGCAAUCCUCUAAGCCUUGGGCAGCCACUCUUGAACACCCUAACGGUUUGAAUGAAAGGCUUCUUAGAAGUCUCUGAUAAUAAUUUAAGAAGAGAUUGGAUAACCAUUUGUCUGAAAUGGUAUAGGGCUUCCUGCCUGAAUCAGGGAAUUGGACUAGACGACCUCCGAGGUCCUUUCCAGCUCUGUUAUUCUGUUAUAACCAAAGCUAAGAGUUCUGCUUGUAAGACUUGCAGCUUCCCAAUUAAGAGGCUCUCUGCAGGUAGCAGAGGAAAGAUGGUCAAAAUGGAUUGAGCAGGCAGGAGCACCGGUCAUCUUCAAUCAGAGGGAGGCAAAUUUUCUUUUCUCAGUAUGCAAUAUGAUACUCUCCCUUACAAUGAAAUUCCCAAUUCUAGUCUAAAAAGUUUUUAUAACCUCUGAGAACAAACCAAGCACUUCAUCCUCUACUUUAUCUCUCCAAUUCACCAUUGCAUGCUCAAAGAUAAUUAAAAUUUUAGAAGCAUACGAGUGAACACAAAGAUACUUGCUAGAUAAACCUUUUAAAGUUUUAUUCUGCAUUUUGCAAAGAUUGGAAGAAAAAAAUCAAAACUUAAAUUAAGGAAACACUAAAUAAGAGAUCUUAUACCUUACCAUGAUUUAGAUUUUAUGGACGUGUCUGUUUUUAUUUUAUGCAUCACCCAGAGACCUGGGUUUACUGAUUAAUCGAAAGUACAAUAAAUUAUUUUAAAAAUCAAACGGGACAUUUUUAAGCUCAUGGU